AUGGUGUACUUAACGACCAAUAUCCGUGCCACCGCUGUCAUUUCCACUUUGUUAUUUGCUCUGCUGUCUAUUGUUGUCGUUGAAUUCAGAGUGUUAUUGCCGAAAAGAGGGCGCCUCUCCGGCGCGCCUGAGGCACACAAGGGCGAAACCGUCGAGCAAGAGGCCACCAACUUCGUUUUCGGGUUCGCCUCGCUCGCCAUCGGCGCAGCCACCGGACAAAAGGAGGCACCACAUGUCGAACAGGGAGGCGCACACGGUGAAACCGCCGCAGAAGAGAAGGAUGAGACGGCAGUCGGCGUGGGCGCCGCGCUUCCUGAUCCGACAAGGUAG